AACACUACAGGCGCCACUGGGUGUGAUAUCAUUCUGGUUGACUCCACGCUAGCUGGAUCUUCGUUCAAAACCCACGGCCGUCUUCGCGUGAAAGGACGCAUAUCCUGGUGUGACCACUAGAUCACGUGGAACUCGGAGCGCGCAUCCGGAGCAAUCUGGUUAACGGCACUGCCAUGGCGUCCUCUGCGUCCACUUCGACGGCGUCCAUCGAGCCUGCUGUGCACACCAACUCGACUGGCGGCAACAUGGAUAAGUGUUCCGCGGCCGCUUCUCGGUCCCUAACCCAUCCAACGGUGAACAUCAUAAAAAUGAGUAAUGGCGUCGUCAAGACGACGCAUGGUGGAUAUGGGUUCACGCGUUCCACAUAUGGUUGCAAUGUGGCCACUUUUCGAUGCGACCUUCUCGAGUGCGGUGCAACCUUGAAAACAUAUUACACCAAUGGCCGAUACCACGUGAAGAAUGCCGAGCCUCACGACGAAGAGUUGCACGUGCGGGGUUUUCGUCGUCCUCCUGGAGGCGGUGAUCGGACCCCGUCCAUUCCGGGAGAAGGUGGAAAACGCAAGGCGCCCUCCUGCGCGGACAAGCCCCGGAAGACCAUCAAGGGCGGCGCACAGGUCCCGGCGAAGAAGUCCACAGGCCGCCCCCUAUGCGUAGGCAGCGCGUUCAGCCACAGGCCGCACAAGCAAGGCACGCCGCCAGGGAAGGCUGAAGGCGCAGCGGGCGACAACAGCAAGAUGAAAAGUGCCAAAGGGAGUGGCGCAGGCAACCUGGUCGAUAGUCGGGCAGCGGCGGUUCGGCAAAGUCCCGUCCACUUCCAGCAUCCCAGGGGCUUGAACGAACCAGGGACUUCUCGUUACUCAUCCGAUGACGAAUGGGCCGAAGAAAAUAUUCUCCCGCCACCUACUCCACCUGCGAUGCCUGACCACGCCGACACUGUCCAAAAUGACGCCGAUGACGGAGCCCACAGUUGUUGUAUUUCGUCCGACAACUCCAUGAACGGGGACGUCGGAGGGAAGCCCAUUGCCGCCAAACACGAACCAGGCGACGUGAAUUCUUGGGACGCGAAGGCAGGCGGCAAGGAAUCACUCGAUCCUCCAAUACGUAUUGCUUCGUACGAGAGCAUAAGAAACGAUAGGAGCGCCGCCGACGAUUCGGUUGGAAUGGGUUUGGGCCGCACGCAAAUCGUCUUGAAUAUGAAGCUGGAAACUGGGGAUCUGCCCGACAAAGAACUGAAGGAAAGCGUGUGUCUUCUGCUACAGGCCGAGGCCAAAUUGGUGGCUUUGCAACAACAGAGUGAAGCUUUGCGAACUGAGCUUUUAAGAAAGGAGCUUAAUUUUAACACGGCCGAGAACAAAAUCAGUGAGGGUGCAGCCUUCGGUGAUUUUAGUAGUACUUAGUAGGUUUGUACUGUUCCCUUUGCGGAGGCUUUUUUCGAACAGCCCUUGCAAACGGAAGUAACACUUUCUCCUCUCAGCAUCUCCCAGCGGUUGCACGGUGUCACUUUCGAGCCAAGGUUUUUCCACGAGCCAGCAGCCGCCGGUGUGCGCGAGCACGCACAACGAAAUUGAAGACAAGAUCGAGCAUUUAAAGAUGACAAUGAAAUGUAUCGGCUCCGUAGAACAGGAUAAUAAAGAAAGGCUUUUCAUCUCCACAACAGAGAUCUAUGUACUUCUUGGACAAAUUAAUCGCCUACCUUUUACUCUAGACCCCAGUGUGAAGAUGAAAAGCCUUUCUUUAUUUUCCUUUUGGACGAAGCCCUCACAUUUUGCUGCCAUCUUAAGCGUGAAUGGUGGACCAUGGCGUCAAUUUCGUUGCGUGUGUUCGUACACACCGGCGGCUCCUGUCUCGCAUAAAAACCGUGUUGCACCUAAAAUGGACACUGAAAUAUUUAGUUCAGCAUCCCUUUGAUAAGCGAUGCUUCAAAAUAUCGAUACUUGAGCCAUAUUGCUGCUUAAAGAAUUGUUGUCAGUUAACAGGGGGUCAGUUGCCUUUACACGUGGCGAAUUGUUGUUGCCGUCCUAACUUUAGCAACGUUCAAAUCAAUACACCAAUCUCACCGGCCAGUUUGACUACGCUACCGCUGCCGGAAUGCAUCGAGGGAACUUUAGUCCUUCUGCGCGUGCGACAACCUCGCUGGAGCUCUGCGCGUACAGGGCACGAGCAGUCUCGUGCACUGCCGAUUGCCCCCUGUGAACUAAAGUUAUGGCUGCCUCGCGCAUGCGUGGAACGCUUGGUGAGAUCGGUCUAUUGGGGGAACCGAUAAAACAGCACGCGAAUCGCUCUAGGGUUUUGAAAUAAACUUCUCUAGCACAUCA